AUGGCUGAUCCAUUGGACAUGUCCUUGCUCGACACUGAUGCCCUUGAUGAUCCGGGAGGCUUGCUUGGUGAUGAUGACAUCAAUAGCCUGCUGCCCGAGCUGGCGAGCGUCAUGGGCCACGACGACGAUGUCAACUUGGACUUUAAGCCCGAUCCCAUCGAAACCCCGCCCCUGCUGCCCACUGCGAAGCAAAGCAAAGGACGUGGAAACGGGCGUCGCUUGGGUCGAAGAAAACAGUCACCGCCGCCCACCUUCGCCCAAAAUUCUCAGGCCAUUGCUGACCUGCAGACACGCAAGGAAGCUUUGAUGCAGCAAUUGCCUCCGCAUUUACGCGAUACCAUCACAGCUGAUGGUGCCAAGCUCGGUCUCGAUUCCGCGCUUUCCCACGGCACCACCAACUUUGCUGUCGGCGCACCUGAUUUGAAUAAUGGCUCUGGGCAUCAAAAUGGUUCUGCGGCGCGAUCCGGGGCCAUCCACGGUACAUCCCUCUUCAAUCCAGAGGAUCGCAACCUUUUUGGCCAGUACCCCCUCAAAGAGGAAGCUCGCUUUGUCACCUGUCCAAAGUGUGACCGUCGGCUGCUCGAGCGUGCUUUCGCCGCUCACCAAGCCCUAGGUGACUGCCGUCAGGAUUUGCCCGCAGAGAACCCGACUAGUGAUCCCCUUGGUACCGAAAACUCGGCAGCCGCAGCCAUCACCGACGCCGAGCUGGAUCAGCUGCUCGACCUGGGCGGUUUUAAUGACUUUGACAGUGUAUUUGUGGACACGUCGGAUAAGCCAGCCAAAACCACCAAAGCCAAAGGCCAACGCUCUGGUACCCCCAAGACAGAAAAGUCAAAGAACACGCGCGAGACCAAACUGGAUCCGAAUCGGCACUGCUACGUACUUGAUCCCAAAACGGGCAAACAUUGUCACCGCGCACUCACAUGCAAGGAAAAGGCUGCUCGCGAUGCCCCCACCAAGUUUGAGAGUUUCCCGGCCUUUGAUCCGUAUCUGGACGAGAAAGCACACCCCAUGGCUUUUUUGCUCCCUAACCAGCCAACCCCACCGCCGUCGACCAAUGCUGCCACACCCAAAACGCCCAUGACGCCGGGAUCACCUGCUCCAGCACAACCUCUGUCGGCCAAUGGCUCAAAGACGGGCUCGAUCACGGCCCCGCGGUCUGCCACUGCUGAAAGUCCCGGAGCAAAAGGUAAGGGCAGCUCGAGCAAGCUGCCUCCAACCAAAACAUCUUCCUCCAAAGCUCGUGGCCCUGGCGCCUCCACCUCUACUGGCGCGACCAUCUCCAAGGCCACGGAUAACUUGUCCGCGACUGGAUCUGCUGGAGUCAAGGCAAAGAAGAACAAAGGCAAGACAACCACACAACCUUCAAAUUUGGAAGUGGGCGCCAUCAAGGGUCACACGGCCAGCCCUGCUGCAUCAUCAACGACCCACAAGGCUGGCCGACGCGCCGACGCACACCCGCGUGUGCCAAUGACCUAUCAGGAACGCCUGCAUGCGCCACUACCUCUGGCGCGCCCCACAUAUGGUCUCUCUCGAUCCUUGACCUAUCCAUCCAUUCUGAUGCAGUUUUUUCAUCCAUCAAGCCUAGCCCAGGCUCACUCGCUCUUGCGUGAAAUGAACGUGCAACGUUGGAACCAACGCCAUGCCAACUCCAAAUGGCCCUUGCCCUCAAAUACACAGCAACAACACCCGAAGGUGCCUUUAGCAUCAAAGCUGCAAGUUUUCGCAAGCGGCGACGAGCUUGAUCGAGAACUGCGUGCUGUACACACCCUUCUGGCCACGGAUCCUUCGACAAAACGGCGCCUCCAUGCUCUGCCCAAAGGACUGAACCGCGCUCUCACCGGCCUCCCGGCCCCGUUUGGUCCACAUCGGCGUCGCUCGCCUGCAAUGCAGGCCAUUCGCGCAGCCAUGGCUGCCCGCUUGGCCAACGUGGAGGUGCUCGGCAAGCCUUUUGACGAUGCCCCGCGCGCAAAGCGAGCUCACGAUCGCGAGCGGCUUCGCCAUAGUUUAGAGCAGUUUGAGCGAGAUACUGCGACCGUCGAACAGAAUGACGAAACCACAGGCAGCACCACCUCAGCAUCUAUGCCCGCUCUCAUCGCCACUGACUCUGCAACGGCAUCGUCCUCCCCGGCUGACAACCAGACCACGCCAGUAAACCAGGGCCUGGACGCCGUGUCAGGGGGUGCGGUGGCCUCCUCGCCGGUCAAAACCGAAGCCAGUGCUCCUGCGGAGACAACACCGGUUACAGCAGCUGCCUCUCAGCCUCACUCACCAGAGCAUCUAGAGCAUAGCAGCAGUCUAAGCCAGGAUUUGGACGCGGUCGCAGCUUCUAGCACCGGUGCGCCACUGGCCACAGACUCCCUCUUAGCACGUGAAUAUGCACGCGCGUGCAAAUAUGCAAGGGCUCAGAUUCUGGCUCAGCAGCGCCAGAACGGUGCAAGCGUCAGGGAUCUGCAAAACGUGGACAAGCCAGCCGCCACCAUGGCCAUGCGUGCCUUAAUACAACACACCCUUUCGAUGGCCAAUGUGCCUGUAGAGGCUGCGCUGCUUCGACAUAGCGACGGUCGAUUAGACAGUCUAGAGGACCAUCUCAAGGCCGUGCGAGCCCCUGGUCGGGGGCUCCCUGCGGCACAUGGGACCAAGAAAAUGACGGCACGCCGCGUGCUUACGUCGGCUGCCUCGUGGAUGCCAAGUCGCUUUCGCUCACGCGCCUGGAUCGUGGACACCCCGUCGACGUUGCCCGCCAACUUGCUGCAACGUAAGACAGCGGAGGCGACCGGUGGACCGGCGAAACCUGCCCAGCUCUCAGGCUCGGCACAACCCCUAUUGCCUCCAUCAAGCUCGAGUACCAAGACACCUCUUGGGGGGUCCAUGACGGGCAGCACCAAGUUACCCGCCAGUUCUUCAGUCUCCCAUGGAUCAACAUCAGCAAUCAAGCGAGGCGGGGCUAAUGUUAAGCGUGCGGGCAGUCGCCGAGCUUCAACAGACUCCCCCACUUCCAAGGGCACGGGACCCACCUCGGGUGGACUUAAGCGCGGCUCUGCGGCGCCCGAUGCAGCGGCUCGCAAAGCGGCAGUGAGCACCAACAAACGCGCCGCUUCGGCAAGCGUCACCCCCGCUCCUUCUUCGAGCGGGAACAAGCGAGGUGGGACUGGCGGCGGAGGUGCCCAAGCUAAGCGCCCGCAUAUCGAUCCGACGGCAGUGUAUUCUGGAAGUGAUAUCGCGCCGACUGGGCCGGUACCUGCCGGCUCUGGGACCACCAAACGCGGCGGUGCACAACCUGGAGCUAACCGACGAGGAUCCACAACGGCCAACAAACGCACCAGCACGGCUCCCGUCGAACUGUCGGUUGUGGCGCCACCGACCAAGGCAGGCCGGGCUCGCAAAAAGAGUAAAGCACAAACACCGCCCGUGCCAGCGCCAACAACCGCUUCGGUAUCGUCAACAACAGCCCGCAAGCGCCCAUCCAAGGCCCAGACCAAAUCGUCAGGUGCCAGCGCGGCUGCGCUUGCACCCACUGAUCCCAGUCCAAGCGUAUCAUUCGAUGAUCUCGACGUUGCGAAGUUGAAGGCCUUGGAGCAUGAGUUGAUGCAGACGGCUUUGGACUUUGAGCUUCCCUCCACGACAGGUGGUGCAAUGGAUGCGCCGAUUGGUUCUUCGGCGGCUGGCUCGUCUGCUGCCGCUGCCGGAGGUGAGGGUGAUAUGGAUGUGAUGGAUCUGGCAAACAUUUUUGGUGAUCUACCGGAUCUGAGUCCAGAGGACUUGGCCAUGUUUGAGUAG